AUGCUUCUACCGACCAUCGUCUGCCUUUUCGUUGCUACCGCUUAUAGCAUCAAUAUCACCACUUCCAACGUCCUUACCCCAACCUUCCCAUCCAAUACCUCCUCCUCUGCCCGCCUCACCCACGCAUUCGGUUCCAACGCCACCAUCUUCGCGCCCCUCACAGCGCCUAUUUACCGUAAUGUUACUCCCGGCGACGUAUGGGUCUUCCCCAGCAGUGCGAACGACCUUGGUGCGAGGCAAGUAAGCUGUGAGUGUUUUAACCCUGACGACCAAUGCUGCAUACCCGCCUCCUCUAGCGUGGCGCCCUUCUGCAUGCCGACUGGAUCUACGUGCUGCGGGGAUACGUUCUGCGUGGCGGACGAGACUUGCUGUGGGGAGGGUUGCUGCCCCGCUCUUACAACUUGCAACGUCAAAUCCUCCGUCACCGGCUGCUGCCCCAGAGGCGAGGUCUGCGCCAUUCCUGACGGUGCAAUCUGCUACGAUCACACCUCGUCAAACUGCUCGAACCGGGCCUCCCCACCGCCGAAUUGCUGCCCCGCCCACAACCCCUUCUGUCGCGACUUCAAGCCGCGCGGAUGGGGCUGCUAUGGCGUCUCUACGACUGCGUCCUCUACUUCCACCAUACCGACCAUGACUGCGGCCGGCACUUCGAACAUCUUUGCGCCUCCUGCGAGCACGUCUCCGAGCGUGAUCUCUACGCAUACCAUGACGAUUUCCGUGGUCUCGGACGGGCACGGUGGGGUUUCCCUCGACUUUCCGACCAAGAGCGAUGCCGCAGGUUCAGAGGGUGGCGAGACGACGUACGUGCUGGACUGGCCGGCGAGUUCCGCUACUCCUAUCACGGCCGCGACGAGCGGUCAAUCCGUCGAGUCGACGUCGAACACAGUGCUCUCGGCAGCAGUCGCAACGUCUACCGCGUCGUCUACGACCGCGCAGUCCACGUCAGCGAGCUCAUCCACAGUACCACCCCGCUCAUCGUCUACACCCGCACUGUGCUACAACCCAGACGCUAACUCGCAUCCUCCCUGUCCCACCACGGCAACGCCCCUCGCUUCGUCCUCAACUUCCGGCGGAGGGUUCAACCCAUCCGGCGCUACGAUUGUCAGAUCGCAAGCGAGCAAGCUCCGCAUCCCUCUCCUCCACCCCCUCGACGACAACAACGACCACCAAUCCCGGCCCGGCAACACCUUCUUCUUCUUCUUCUUCUUCCUCCCCCUCCUCGCCGCCUCCAUCCUCUACGUAACAUUCGGCCACUUCGUCAAGCGCCCCGAUGCCAACCGCGCACAACUCGGAUCCGCACUCCGCGCUCUCGGCUACGAUGACCCCCAGAUCGACGCCAUCCUCGCCGGACCCCGGACCGGUGUCGCCGAGCCCGGGACCGCGGAGAAGAAAGACAUCACCGUCGUGCGGGGGAGCGCGCGGCCCCUGCUGGCGCCCCGGGUGGUGUCCAAGGGGCAGAUCCGGGUGGUAAAGGGCAGUGCGAGGCCGUUUGUGCUGGGGAAGAGAGCGCAUUCGCUGUGGGAGGGGAUGAGGGGGGCGGGUGAUAAGGAGGACGGAGGGGAGGAGAGCGUAGAGGGAGAUGGUUCUGUGGGGGAGAGGGGGGAGGCUUGA